AAGAGGUUGCAGGGGAGCCCGAGUGCACAAGGGCACUGACUCCUAAGGGGACAGAGACCAUGGGUAUCCUCAGCGUAGACUUGCUCAUCACACUGCAGAUUCUGCCAGCUUUUUUCUCCAACUGCCUCUUCCUGGCGCUCUAUGACUCCAUCAUUCUGCUCAAGCACGUGGUGCUUCUGCUCAGCCGCUCCAAGGCCACUCGCGGCGAGUGGCGCCGCAUGCUGACCUCAGAGGGCCUGCGCUGCGUGUGGAAGAGCUUCCUGCUGGACGCCUACAAACAGGUGAGGUUGGGUGAAGACGCCCCUAAUUCCAGUGUGGUACAUGUGUCCAACCCUGAAGCAGGUGGACAUGGUACCCUGGAGAAGACAGUUGAUGGAGCUGAAUGCCACCUCCUCGACUUUGCCAGUGCAGAGCGCCCACUGGUGGUCAACUUCGGUUCAGCCACCUGACCUCCUUUCACUAGGCAACUGCCAGCCUUCAGCCAGCUGGUGGAAGAGUUCUCAUCUGUGGCUGACUUCCUGCUGGUCUACAUUGAUGAGGCCCAUCCCUCCGAUGGCUGGGCAGUGCCUGGGGACUCCCCUCUGUCUUUUGAGGUGAAGAAGCACCGCAAUCAAGAGGACCGGUGUGCAGCUGCCCAGCAGCUUCUGGAGCGCUUCUCCUUGCCACCCCAGUGUCGCGUUGUGGCUGACCGCAUGGACAAUAAUGCCAAUGUAGCUUACGGGGUGGCCUUUGAACGCGUGUGCAUUGUGCAGAGACAAAAAAUUGUUUACCUAGGGGGAAAGGGCCCCUUCUGCUAUAACCUUCAAGAAGUCCGGAGUUGGCUGGAGAAGAAUUUCGGCAAGAGAUGAAUUUUAGAUUAGCUGGUCAAAGGUAUGAUUGCAAUAGAUCUUAUUAUUUAAAAUAUGUAAAAGAUAUUGAGAACUGAAUUCAAUCUUCAGCUGAGUCCUGUUGCCUCACUGAAAGACAGGAAUUUACCUGUCAGAAGAACAUAGCCUCUAACAUCUCAGUACUUUCUUCAGGACACACAUGACAGUGGGCUAAAUAGUAGACCCACUACCUCUCUUCUUAGUGAAAGGCUCCAGGCUGCAGAGCAGGAAAUCCUGACUGACUGUGGGUUCAUUCUUCCUUGAGAAAGAAGCCAUUCUCCUGAUGCCCACUUUGAGACCAGAAGAAACAGUUCCCCAAAUCAUUACUGUCGGGGCCGCUACCAUCUAUGUGAAGAUAAACUGGAUUGUUUCUGCUUAGUCAUCAUGGAUAAAACCUACUGGAAAAUUCCGAAAUUACAAUGUGACCUUGAAGCCAGGCCAUGUGGUCAGGUCCAUAGUGUUGAAUGUGCCAGCAUGCUUCUAGCCAGCAACAUUUUGUACCAGCUUUCAUAGCCCAGAAUUCCCAGAUGUAACUGCAGACACCCAGAAUGGUAUCUUUCUGUGUGUGUGUGUGUGUGUGUGUGUGUGUGGUGUGGUGGGGGUUGGGAGGGGGGUAAAGAGAUUAGAAUGCUCAUUGGAAAUGUGGCGGAUUGAGAAAAUACUACAAGAAAAAUUGUCUUGACAAGCCAGGAAAGAGGAAGUAGAACAAUUAGGGUAUUUCAUAGCAUUUCACCCAGAAGCUGUAGAAAGUGAGACUAAUUUGUUAACCACAAAACAUAGAAUUAUGCAUAAAGCUGGAAAAAGAAACAAAGCUUGUCUAAAAAUAGCAUAGUGGAAAUACAUAUGUAAUCCAGGCAUUUAUCACAUGCUCCAAGGCUCAGAAGAAAAGGGGGAUUGGCUAAAAAAGAAGAAAAAAAUAAUUUUUAUUAAUGGUGGUUAUUUUGUGGAAAUAAUUAUGAAAGAUGCAUGCGAUGUACACACUUUCAGUGGUGACUUAUACCUAGUGGUAUCUGUUAAAGGAAAAACCUGUGGAUUUGGUGAUGCUUUUCUGUUUCUCCCUAAUUCUUGUAGUUAGGAUACAGCUUCACUCAGUCUUAGUCUCUAUAGCAUCAUUUUUUUUUUUUUUCUGAGUGUUGAGUAAAGUGUGUGGGAGACUGGCACCCUGGCCAUUUGGUCAUAGCCCUGAUUUUUUUUUAAUCAUAAUUAUUUUUUUUAAAUUUGUAAAGAUUAUCUAAACAUAAUAUGUGGUUAUAUUGAAAUGUACCAUCAUUUGUUCUUAUAUCUAGUCUGUUAACAAUUGAAUCAUAAAUUGUAGUAAGAAAAGUCUAAAGACAAAAGUAUUUUAAUUUAAGGACUCAAAAUGAGGAAACAUAGGAACUGGGCGCGCAUGAAGCAAGGAUACUGUUUUUACAAAUGGGAGCAAUAAACCAGUUGCACCGCUAGAUGGUAUGUUGUUUAGAUACUAGAACACCCCUCAGACUGAUUUUUAUAGUAAUAUGUAAAUCUUCUAGCAUUUUACAUUCUACCAAAGAACUAUCCACGAAGAAACAAACCAGAUUACAAGAAUGUAACAUUUUCUAAUUAACUGCUGGAAAGUAAUUUUGAGACUAGAUUAUUGCAGAUUCCUCAAUUGCCAAAUUGUCAUCAAGGCUUAUCAAUGUUCCCACUGAUUUUUUACCUUCAAAAUAAUGUUGAGAUUCUUAUGGUAUUCCAGAGAAACAACAUUUAAAAUUGGUUUCACACACCCACAUCAUUGUCUGCCAAUGACCCUUUUGUUGUGCAUGUGUGGUAAUGGAACAGGAUGUCAGAGAAGUGGGUGGGGGGAUGAAUGUUGGCUAAUGCAAUGCUAGUCAUUUGAGAAAAAGGAUGAUGGAAAAAUCACCCAGUUGUGCUCUGUUUUUAAAGAAAGAGAAGGUUGUAUGUGUGUGUGCAUGCAGAAAAUUCAUCUCCUGGAGGAUAGUCCAAUGGAAGGACGAAAGAGAGAAAGUAAACUUAAGAAGACAUAGGCUGACUGCCAGGGAGAAAGAUGUGUUCAGGAGGACAUGCCAGAGACCAUGGAAAAGAAGCUGUUGGAGGGCCAGUGGAGAAAAUGGAUUGAUGCAGCUUGGGAAUCCUGCAAUGUAUAGCACGGGUUGGUCUUCCCAGGGUAUGAUAAGCCUGUAAUUAUGUAACCUGUUUGUGUCAAUAUAAGCCUGAAUGAUUUCCUAUGAUGGGCUCUUUAUAAACUUAACAAGUCACCUUUGAGAGACAACAACAACAACAACAAAAAUCAGUGUUUGGUUGAUAUGCUCAGAAGCACUAUUAGAUGGUCAAUAGCCACUCACCUAUCAUACCUUUUAUAAUUAUAUUUCUUUGAAGAGCUCCAGUUGUAACUCUCCCAAGGGAAAGCAUAUUACUGUAUAACUCUCUUAACUUACCGUCUCCUUCUUACAGGCUGUGCAUACAUGAAGCUAUCAGAUUAGCCUCUUAAAGUGAAUUAGCUUGUUGAAUAUUGAAACAAUCUCUAAGAAAUUUUAGAAAUUAUCAUAGCAUCUGGUUUCACUCAAACAUUUAGUGUUUAAAAGAUGUCUUGGAACCAUUCAAAACUUGCUCUAUUUUAUUGCUUAGGGAAAGUAAUAUUGACAAUGACUUUCUUGACUGGGCAUGAAUGAAAUGCCCGCACAGAUUGAAAUGCCUGCACAGCAAAUGUCAAAGUGUUUCACACGGCUAUUAAAAUGAAACUCACCUCCUUGGAGGCAAAGUCGUCACUGUUCUUACUUUGUGUAGUUAAAGUGACAGCCACUUAACUUACAUGACUCCCUCCAGAAACAUUUUAGACUUUUGUCUUCACCUUAUUUAUAGAAUGUGCCCUUGAUUUUUGGUACUAUCCAUUUCUAAGUCAUCUAUGAAUCCAUAGGUUGCACAGUUACAUUUUUCCAAUAUCCAAGAGAUGCUUAUUCUCUGAUUUGCCUGAGUGUAUUGCACCACUUGGGUUCCUGAAUAAAAAUUAUAAAACAUGGUAAGGUCAUGUGUGGGUGUACCUUGCUGCAUAAAAUACUGGAGGGGCAGGUUAAAGACAACAUGUAUGCCUGUCAAACAAUUGUCACAUGGGUAUCAUCUGCCCUUGGCAUGCUCAAUGGCUCUGCCCACAGCAGGAGGCAUUUGCUGAUUCGCUGAGUUUCCCAUUAUGCAAAUCAUAGGAGGGUCAACCUGUGCAUUUGUUCCCCCUGACCUCUGACUGAUGGCUUGGAAAAUCAGUUUAAUUAGAAUCCCUUGGCCAUUGCAAAGAGGAAAACACAGACUGAUUUCUGUCCCAGUGAAAAUCAGUGAAAACUUUUACAAAUGUCCACAGUUCUUUUGAAUAUGCCCAAUGUCAUCUCUUGCACCAGUGAGUGGAGAUUGACUGCCAGUCUUUUAAUUUUAGGAGCUUUUUUUUUGUCAUUUUUUAAAAAUGAUAUUUCCAAAAAUCAGAACAAUAGUGUAUUUAGUUCUAGCCCAACUUCCCCCUUUGCCUUAAACAUAGAAGGAAAACUCACUCUAUAUGUUCUUUCAGAAUGGGGCAUAGGUACUAACUGCUGACCAGGAUGGCCCUGGUCUGGGUUCUGUCCUGAAUCCCACUAUGAAAAGAAAGGACAGAGGCUGACAGAGACAGGAAGUUUGCUACCUGGGAAGAAUUAGCCUUAGAGAUGGCUGGACCUACUGAUUUGGAAAGAUUUGAAAAGGAACUUACUUGUAUUUUGAGGAUGGCUGCUUACUUCCUCAAAGUCAUCUUAAAUGACUUUAGGAUGAGCAAAGCUUUGGUGUACUUCCCCACACCCUGUGUUGCAGAUAGCACCAGAGACAAGGUCUCACGCCUGACAGACUCCGCUCUGUUCAAGGUGAGCCUGAACCAGCAGAAAGCAAACAUGGACCGAUAUCCAAACAGGGCUGCUCAUGCAAGCUGGGGCUCGCUGACUGUCUUGGGCAGCAGCACCAGGGCUCCAGAGAGUUUAUUUAAUAUUUACUGAGACUUCGGAGACCCAGCAGCUGUUUAAUGAAGUCACUAUUUUGGCUGAAACUGCCCUCCCCCAUCUGUCUCAGGGGGGGAGAAAAAAAGCAAACAGGUAAACACAAAAAUGAAAGGAGCCCACAGAAGAGGAUGGGAAGUAAAUAAAAUUCUCUCAAGACUGCUCCAGACCAUAUGACUGGUCAAUGUGGAUUUUAUGUGUGUCAGGAUUGGGGGAUGUGAAGACGUAAGUACCUAGUACUUUAUUACCAAAGCAACGAAGAGAUAUUGGGUAGGGAAUGUUGGCCAGUUUUGUUUAGGUUUGUAUCACAUUAUCACCAGACUCACCAGCCCAAGUUACCGGGCCCCCAAAGAGGGAGACAGAGAUGUGCAGAGGUUAGUGGUGUGCGAAUGAUAGCUGCUGACGAAAGAGGCCUCCACUCAGUCAGUGGUUGGAUGUGGUCACAUGGCUUCUCCUCUCUUCAUCUCUGUCUCCUUAGCAAGGAGGACAUUCAGGCUGUGGUGAGAAGAGUACUGGGUCAAUGUGGUGAGAAUGUACGUGUCAAUCUCUCUGCUUCUCACUUGCAGAAAACAGAAAAGCUUUGGGGAUUAUUCAGUAGAAAGAAAGAGUGCUAUUAUAUUGGUGCUGAGUGGUAUGUGUGCUUUUACAUUUUUUUUCUUGUACUUUAAUAAACUUUGAAUAAAAGAAUAGAGUUA